AUGCCGGAUGCCCCAGCAACAACAGAUGCAUCGACAGAAGCGGAGAAGGAUGACGUAAAGAAAGUGAAAAAGGCCCCUCGCCGCAUUACGAGGCGCCGAAACAAGACUCCCAAAGCACCUCCUGUGGAUCCUGUGCUGCUCGAAAAAACCUUGCACGAAUCGAAUCUACCAAAAGCCUACAGUUUUGAGAUUCCAAAGACGCUACAGCGAAUCAUCAAUCUUAAUGCCAAACAUAUUGCCCUGCAAAUGCCAGAAGGACUGCUUCUGUAUGCCACUGUUCUUUCCGAUGUCUUGCAACGAUUGGCACCUUGUUUGGAACAGGUUUCCAUAUUGGGUGAUGUCACCUAUGGUGCCUGCUGCGUGGAUGAUUUGGGAGCUCAAGCAUUGGGCGCCGAGUUAUUGGUUCAUUAUGGCCAUUCGUGUUUGGUUCCCAUUCAACACACGGCCAUUCCUUGUUUGUAUGUCUUUGUGGAAUUGACCAUUGAUGUCCCACAUGCGGUCGACUGUCUCGAUUUGACUGUUGCCGGAUCUGCUGCUUCUGGAGGAAAGUUGCCUCAUGUCUACUUGUUGGGAACUAUUCAAUUCAGGCAUUCUUUGACGGAAGCACAAAAGAUGCUGGAAGAAAAGGGCUACCAAACUUCGAUUCCGCAAGCCAAACCAUUGAGUCCAGGGGAAGUCUUGGGAUGUACCUCACCAGUAUUGGCCGAAGACACUGCACCAGACUCGAUUGUCUUGUUUGUAGCCGAUGGAAGGUUUCAUUUGGAAUCCACCAUGAUUUCCAAUCCUGACAUCUCCAAGUUUUACCGCUACGACCCCUAUUCCAAGAAGCUGACAGUGGAGUCCUACGAACACGAAAAGAUGAAGGACAUUCGGUUCUCUGCCAUUACCCAUGCCAAGUCUGCAAACACCUUUGGUAUUCUGAUGGGAACCUUGGGACGUCAAGGUAAUCCAGCGAUCUUGUCCAAGAUUCAAGCAAAGCUAAAGGCCAAGGGGAAACGAUAUUUCAUCAUGCUUGUGUCGGAAAUUACUCCAGCCAAGCUUGCGCUGUUGGAAAACAAGAUUGAUGCCUGGGUACAAAUCGCCUGUCCUCGUCUAUCAGUGGAUUGGGGCCACCACUUGAGUACCAAGCGUCCAGUUCUCAACCCCUACGAGUUAUUUGUUUGUCUGGACGAAACCCCUUUCAAGAAAAACUACCCCAUGGACUACUACUCCAACGCGGGAGGUGAAUGGAGUAACUACAGUGGUACCAACAAGGAACGACAAGUGGUCAUUACGUGA